AUGGUUGUUUCUGAAGAUAAAGUGACCUUAGAAGUGGCCCUAAAUAAAGCAGGAUUCGGCCUUUAUAGUUACCUAAUAGCCAGUUUGUCAGGUUUAGUGAUUAUCUCCGUUGCGUGUAUAGCAUAUGGUACGACUAUAAUUAUUCCCACCAGUGCAUGUGAACUGAAAACGACCACGGCUCAAAGAGGGAUACUGGCUGCUACUCCACUUGUUGGCUUGAUUAUUGGAGCAAUAUUAUGGGGGUACCUCACGGAUGUUUUUGGUCGAAGGUUCACCCUGCUCAUAUCUUUGCUGUCAUCAGCGACAGUCAACGCGCUGGCCAGCUUGUCCGUCAAUUGGGUCAUGCUAAUGAUCUUACAAUUCACUGCUACUUUAUUGGCAUCAGGCCAGUAUUCGCAGGCUAUGACCAUUUUGAGCGAGAGUGUCCCUAUGGCAAAACGUAACAUCGUAGUAAUACUAGUGGGCAGCAUAUUUUUACUGGCACAAGGAAUUAUGGCAGUUUUGGCAAUACCAAUUAUUCCUCUCACUUUCUCUUAUGAGUUGCCAAGCUUGGGCAUCUACUGGAACUCAUGGAGAACCCUUCUCCUCGUUUACUCUGCACCCAGUAUUAUUUCCGCUAUUUGGCUGUACUUCAUGUGUGAGAGCCCAAAGUUCCUUUACUCAAAGGGGCGGAAUAUUGAGGCUUUAGAUGUAUUAAAGAAGAUUUAUAGACUAAACCAUUUAGGAAAGAAGGAAGAAUUUGAACCAGAUGCAGUACCAUGUUCUUUGAAUGUUACGUCCUUACUAAUGGUACUUGGAGUGGGCGCGAUGCAGUCUGUAGUUAAUGCACUCAUAAGUUUAGUAGUAGAUCGCUUUGGUCGACGCAACAUGGUUAUGUUUGUGACAUCAUUAUGUGGUGUGUGCGGGGUGCUCGUCAACCUCAUACCCAACGCCAUCACUAGCGCUGUCAUGUUCAUGGUCUUCCUCAACGGCAUCGUCACCUAUGGACUUUACACUGCUAUUUCUGUUGCUUUGUUCCCAACUUACCUUAGGGCGACGGCAGUAGCUUUUACAAUGACAGGAACUCGAAUAGCAUCAUUUGCAUCAAUACAAAUUCUCAAUGCAUUGUUAGAAACAAACUGUGAAGGUGGAUUUUAUGUAUAUUCUGUUCUUUUUGCAUGUAAGGAUGCAUUUAUUUUAAAUUGUUUUUACUUUUUAACCCCCGACGCAAAAAGACGGGUGUUA